CAAAAAACCAAGAUGGCCGCCACGGGUGAGGGUGGAGGAAAGGAGGAGUUGAAAACGCAUUUUAUUACCCGUGAAGGAACUUACAGACUUAUGCCACUUUCUGAAUAUUCUAAACCAACCAGAGUACCAUAUAAUGGACAAACAAACACACCUGUAAAAGUGUCAUUCAUUGAUGUUGACGAUGGGUCAGGUUCACCAGAUCGAAUUUGUUUCAAUGUUGGCAGGGAACUUUAUUUCUAUGUUUACAAAGGUGUAAGAAAGGCAGCUGAUUUAACCAAACCUAUAGACAAACGUGUAUACAAGGGGACAUUCCCAACUUGUCAUGACUUCAACGAAAUGUUGAUCUCAAGCGAAAGUGUUCGAUUGUUAGUGGGUUUCACGGCAGGACAAGUGCAGUUAAUUGAUCCAAUUAAAAAGGAACUUAGUAAAUUAUUUAAUGAAGAGAGAUUGAUAGACAAAACAAAAGUGACUUGUAUAAAGUGGAUUCCAGGUUCUACGAAUCAGUUUCUGGUGUCACAUGUUAGUGGACAAAUGUAUGUAUAUAAUGAAGAAUUGCCUUGUGGGCCUACACCACCACAUUACCAGCCUUUUAAACAAGGAGACUGUUUUGCGGUAUAUACGUGCAAAGCUCGUAGUACUAGAAAUCCAUUAUAUCGGUGGGUUAUAGGCUCGGGAGCAAUCAACGAGUUCACUUUUUCUCCUUGUGCUAAAUACCUAGCUGUAGUCGGACAAGAUGGCUACCUCAGAGUGUUUAAUUAUGAUUCAAUGGAUCUAAUAGGCUCAAUGAAAAGUUAUUUUGGGGGUUUACUGUGUGUGUGCUGGUCACCAGAUGGUAAAUACCUUGUAACUGGAGGGGAAGACGAUCUUGUUACUGUGUGGUCUUUCCAAGAAAAGCGGGUAAUUUGUAGAGGUCAAGGUCACAAGUCAUGGGUUAGUGCUGUGGCUUUUGACCCUUAUACCACAACCUUAGAAAGCAUAGUCUGUGAUCCAAACACUGAAGAAGAAUUGAUUAAAAAAUCUGAAAACAAAAAUGGUUCAAAUAUUAGCACAUUUCCAAAUGGAAUUUAUCCACAUUCAAAUGCAAGUCAUGAUUCUCGGAAACAUACACAGUUUUCAGAUAGUGCUAAUUCACAUAUAACUAGUUACAGGUUUGGGUCCAUAGGACAUGAUACAAUGUUAUGCUUAUGGGACCUAACUGAAGAUAUCAUUAAACUCCCUUGUGGCCGAUUACGGAGUAGUGUAGUGGCCUCAAACCCGUCAACCACAUUCAGUAGUAACACAAUACCCCGGUGUAACAGUGCUAAUUUAAAAUCAAACUCUGUAGCAAAUGAUGUAUCUGUGAUGGACGGACAUGCUUAUGCAAUCGGAAAUUCUACGAUGAACGCAACAACAAAAUUUGCAACUCUCUCAUUAGGUGAUCGGAGGGAUGCCUCCGAGAAAAAAGAACACAAGAGAAAUUUCAGUUUAGCUGGAAGAAGUAGUGAUAAAAACCAGGCAAUGAAAGCAAAUAGUAUACGACCGCCUGACAAUGCAAUGAAAUUGUUAGGGACUCCUGCAUGUCCACGAUUGACUGAAGCACCUCUCUUAGAACCUUUAGUGUGUAAAAAGAUUUCAGUGGAUAGAUUAACAUCGCUAGUGUUUAGGGAAGAGUGCCUCAUAACAGCAUGUCAGGAAGGCUUGGUGUACACAUGGGCCAGACCAGGAACUGUUGGCCUGACACAGCAACAUACUGUAGUAAGUGAAAAUUUGUGACGAUAAUUUAGUCUGUGAUUCUUUAACUGUGACCUGCAGUCUUGUGAUAAACUUGUCUAAUCAUAGACCAAACUGUUGGACAUCUUGUGAUAGUCAUAGACAAUGGACGAUGCAUCAUAUUGUAGCAGCUUGAUAGUAUACCUCUUCCAUUCACAGAAAUUUUAGGUGAGAGAUUCUCAGAAUCUUGUCACACAUCAGAGGUAACUUCUAACAGCUUCAUGUAGUUAACCUGCACAACUGUUUAAAAUGUUGCAUAAAGGAAGUGCGUUAUGAGACACGCAAAGGAGUAAAGCCUCAGCUUUUUGUCAUCUGAAACCUACUAUAAUGUUAAAGAGAAUGGCAGUGUUUUCUGAAAUCUGAAGCAUCAUUCUGCAGCUAUUUCUUUAUUCAGUUUCCUUGAUGAGGAUAAUGGACUGGUAUUUCUAUCACUAUAUAAUAAUACUGUGUUUAGGUAAUCUCGGGUUUCUUAUAAUGUUAAAUCUGAUACUGUUGUAAUGGUGCAGCAUAGAAGGUCUCUCCAGUCAAACAGGAAACCUUGAUUCACAAAGUGAAGAACUUUUUAUUACCUAGUCGGACUUGAAUCCUCGUCUUCAGUAUCUGCAUCAUGGUUCAGUUUUCCUGUUAGCUAAAAUUGAUGUUUCCAGUGCAGUUUUUUUUUUUUUUCAAAUUAGUGUUAUAGUUUGUCAUGAAAGUAAUUUUUAUUAUUUUUUACAAAAUAAAGUAAUGAUAUCAUUAUUAGCAGUAUCCCAAUAUUCUAAAUUUAGUUUCAGUCAUGCACUCUAGUGUAAAAGCACAUACUCAUUUGUAGUUUAGUUGGUUGUUGCAUUUCUAUCCAUUUUCAGAUUCAACUUUAUGAAAACUGUAAAAAUUUCAAAUCUGCCAUUGUUUUCUCUAUCAAGUAUGUUUUGUUGCAUUUGGUUUGUUGGGGAAUUAAUGAAAAAAAUGCUAGAGCUUUCGGAAGAGAUAUGCAUAUUUUUCUCUAGUGUCGAGUGUUUCAGCAGUAUAUGAGUUUAUAAAUCUGCAAGAGAAAAGUAGUUAUAUACAUCAUACAGAGGCUAAAGGUCCUAAAAUGCCAUGUUUAUUAGGUGUCAGGUUUAUUAUUUAGUUUUCUUUUUUUUUUAAUAUUUUGUAAUACUCCAUUACCUGUUUCAAAAAAUAAGUCCUCUACUGGACAGAGUGGUUUCGUUUUGUGCAGCAAGUGUUUUUAUUCUUGCGUGCUGAAACAUUGGGCAAAUUUUAACAGGAUUUGAUUAUGGAAAGAGAGCUCUUUCAUUUUGUCAGAGCUAUGCAGUGCAGUAGAAACAUAAUAUUUACCAAGAAAGAUGCCAGAUUAACUAAAGAAAGAAGUUUUAAAUGUGUAAUAAUAUAUUGGUCUGUAACUAAUUGAUCCUUGUUGGUCCCAUUUUAUUUCCAUCGGCUUUUGCACCCCUCCCCCUCCACCACACCCCCACCCUUUCCACUACACCAGAUUAAUUUAUGUCUCAUUUUACAAGUUUUAUAGGGCUGAGUGGUUAAGGUCACCAACAUCAUUUGCAGAUCAUCUCCAAUGUCUAAACAGCUGAUCGCAUAUAUUGACAUGCUGCCUUUUGACUGAGGCCUGAUAGGGGUAGCCGAAUUCGGAGCUCUUUGUAUAGAUCUACCCAUCACUGCUGUGGGUUUGAAACCUUACUUGAGGAAGCCAUCCUGCUGGCUUAUGGAAUUAUGGAACAAUUAGUUCUACCCAGGAACCUGAAAAAAAAGCAUAGAGGGCCACCUAGGUAAUUCCUUCACCAUCAAAAUCUUAACAGUUGCCACAUGACCUUAAGCUUUGUCAGUGUGACUUGCAACAGAACUAAACAUAUGUGUAUCAAGUUAUAUACAGGUUUUUGUUUCAAAUAUUUUUAGAGGAAUUUGCAACUUUCUGUUAUAGAUGAUAUAAGCACAGUAGAGGUAGAGAAACAAGUUUAAAAAUGUUUACCUAUUUCAUAAUUAGGAGACACAAAACUUUCGGAUUAUGUCUUUUUACGCCCCGACAUCUAAUGAUGCAGGAGGCAUAUAGUGAUUGUCCUGUCCAUCCGUUCGUCCGUCUGUACGAGGUUAACCAAAUGGGACCAUUUCGUCUAGCAUCAAUACCCCUUACUAGAAUGACUUGAUACUAAUGCAGAUGUAACCUGUGACCAUUCCUCAUCUUCAAACAUCACCUGACCUCAGUUUGACCUUGACCUCUUUUUGGACUUAGGUUGCUUUAUAUGGGCCAUCUCUUGGUUAACCAAAUGGGACCGUUUCGUCUAGCAUCAAUACCGCUUACAAGAAUGAAUUGAUACUAAUACAGAUGUAACCUGUGACCAUUCCUCGUCUUCAAACAUCACCUGACCUCAGUUUGACCUUGACCUUGACUUCAUUCUGGACUUAGGUUGCUUUAUAUGGGCCAUCUCUUGGUUAACCAAAUGGGACUGUUUCGUCUAGCAUCAAUACCGCUUACAAGAAUGAAUUGAUACUAAUACAGAUGUAACCUGUGACCAUUCCUCAUCUUCAGACAUCACCAGACCUCAGUUUGACCUUGACCUCGUUUUGGACUUAGGUUGCUUUUUAUCGACAAGGAUGCCACCGGGGGCAUCAAGCGUUUAUUGAAUGCAGCUCCUUGUUUUACUUUUAAUAUGCAGCAGAUAUGAAGUGUAUUUAUAAAAAUUAAUUUAUAUUCUAACAUAGCCAUAAUUUGUGUAUUUUUUCAUGUAACUGUUAGUUAUGUUAUCAAUAUUUGUUUCAGUUGUACAUUUUUUUACCCACAUGUUGAAAAUCUUUUUAUACACUCACAACGCAAAUUUAGGUGGGGCUGUAUUGAAAUCAGUGUGCUCUGUUCAAUUCUGUACCUGUCUCGAAACACUAAAAGCAUUGCCUUUAUCUCCUCUCAACAAAAUUGAUAUUUAUAUAAUGACAGGGUCCAACAAAACAAAUAAGAAGCUUAAGAACCUUAACUCAGUUUGAAUAACAUGAAAAUUAUGUUGUGUUUCGUACUUAAUUUUUCAUAUUUUUGAGCAUUUAAGAUGGUAACUAUGACUUUGCUGAAAAAAUUUAGUGUUUCUCAGCAUGUUAAUUACUUGCAAGGGAAGGAAGUGAACAGCCCAAGAACUACAACUCUGUCUUGAAUAAAUACAGAGUUAUCACCUCUUUUUUCUUUGGUUUUGUCCAGAGAAUAAUUUUUCAACUUCAGAAUCUAUAUACAAUAUUAGAUGUAAAGAGAAUAAGUGAUGGUACAAUAUUUUAGCGGGGAAGUGCAUCGCCUUUAGUGACAGGUCUGUUUGUUUGUAUUCAGCUUAGGAAAGAUACAGAUUGUUAGUAGAUUUUGGAAGUGUUGUUUAGUUGAUCAAAUUUUCAACCAGACUUGUUGUGUUUCCUUUUUAGGGGCCAUUUAACCAUGUGAUAUACUCAGAACAUAAAUUAUAUAAAAUAUAUAUUUAUGCUGUAAGGGCAGUAUUUAUGAAAUAUGGCUGGCAGAUUUAAGUAUUUAUUCUGAAGUUUUAAAUGGAAUGACUUCUCUGAAAAUAAAUUGUUUUCUUGCAAUAUUAGAAAAUUAUUUUGUGGCUAUUGCAGUGGUAUGAGUUUCUAACAAGUUUAUUAUGUUUGACAUUAUGUCAAGCAGUUGUCAUAAAAUAUUUCCUAUUUGUAUGCUAUAUUCAAUAUUACCAAGUAACUAAGUUUUCAUAAAGUUAUUUCCCUUGGUUAUGAUUAUUGAAGUUUUAAAGUGCCAUUCCCAUAUACUGAACAUGAUUCGUUUGUUUAUCCCCCCGCCAAAGGCGAAGGGGAUAUUAGAAAUGCUCGCCGUCCGUGCGUGCGUCCGUCCGUCCAUCCGCAACGAUCCAAAAGUAACUGGAGGGAUUUUCUUCAAACUUCAUACACUGAUAGAACACAUUGGGAGGAAGUGCAGUGUGCAAGAACAAUAACUCUACCUUGCCUAAUUUUUGAGUUACUCCCCUUUAUCAUAUUUUCUUAAAAACUUUUGUCCGGAGCAUAACUCCAAAAGUACUGGAGGGAUUUUCUUCAAACUUCAUACACUGAUAGAACACAUUGGGAGGAAGUGCAGUGUGCAAGAACAAUAACUCUACCUUGCCUAUUUUUUGAGUUAUUCCCCUUUAUCAUAUUUUCUUAAAAAAAAUUGUCUGGAGCAUAACUCCAAAAGUACUGGAGGGAUUUUCUUCAGACUUCAUACACUGAUAGAACACAUUGGGAGGAAGUGCAGUGUGCAAGAACAAUAACUCUACCUUGCCUAUUUUUUGAGUUAUUCCCCUUUAUCAUAUUUUCUUAAAACAUUUUGUCCAGAGCUUAACCCUAAAAGUACUUGAGGGAUUUUCUUCAAACUUCAUACACUGAUAGAACACAUUAGGAGGAAGUGCAAUGUGCAAGAACAAUAACUCUACCUUGCCUAUUUUUUGAGUUAUUCCCCUUCAUCAUAUUUUCUUAAAACAAUUUGUCCGGAGCAUAUCUUGUUCAUGCAUGGAGGGAUUUUGAUAUAUAUUGGCACAAAUGUUUACCACCAUGAGUUGGAGUGUCAUGUGCAAGAUCCAGGUCACUAGGUCUAAGGUCAAGGUCACACUUAGAGGCCAAAGGUCUGAUACAAGAAUGACUUUGUCCGAAGCAUUUCUUCUUCAUGCAUGGAGGGAUUUUGAUGUAACUUGGCACAAUAAUUAUACACCAUCAUGAGACAAAGUGUCAUGCGCAGUUCCCUUCUUUAGAAUUACUUCCCUUUGUUGUUACUAUAAAUAGCUUUUAUUGUAACUUUUUCAUUACUAGUCGUAGGGAAAAAUCGAGACCACUUUUCUGUAGUACAACAUGCAUGCUAUAUCCAAUUUUGAGGUGUAUUUUGACCAAUUUCUACCUGAUAAAGAUUUUUGUGUGGACUUGCAUUUUUUUUUUUUUUUUUUUUUUUUUUUUUUUUUUUUUAAGAUUAACUUUAAACCCCUGAUGCAGACCACAACUAAACGGUUCUUCAAAGCUUUCCUCAAAAUUAAUACUUUCAGACACUAACUUGCCAGGAACUUUAGCCUUCAAUUAUAAUAUGCCCGGCGGGGGGAUUAGCCAUGUCUAACAUGGCUCUUGUUCUACUUUUGUUUGGUUUUUGUAGCAAAUUUAAUUUUUGUUUAUACUUGUUUUAGCUAUUUUCCAUCAUGCUGGGUUGUUCAUAUAAUUUUUUUCAGAAAUUUCUAACCAGUUCUAACUUAUUCUCAGAUGUUAAUAUCAGAUUAGAUGUGUACAAUACCAGGCUAUCAUACCUUUAGUCGCCCACAGUAUGUGGUUACAAAAACUUAUCACUUUAUUGCUUCCAUAAAAGCUAUUUCUGUUACAAACCCGCUUAUAUUUAAUUACUAUUUCUUUUCUCUGAUGAAGGAUUGGUUUUAACUAAAGUUCUACUGUUAACAAUUUCAGAUGAAAAUUGUCAUUUUAAAACAUUAAUAAACUCAAAAUUGGUAAGUUUAUGGAAGGAAAGAGAAAAAGCUCUGUUGCUGUCAGAUCAAAUAUCGGGGUGUCAUUUUUCCAUUGUCAUGAGUAUAGAAAAUAAGAUUCACAUGUGCUUAACUGCAGUACUGAUACAUUUCAGUAGUAAUCAUUUUUUUUGUAACCAUAUCAGUUUUAUAUGCAACCUUAAAACAGGAAUCAGUCGAUAGUUUCUAAUUUUGAAAUGAAAGUUUUUAAUUUUGCUUAUCAUGUAAGGGAGUUGCUUUAAAAUACAGAUGAAUUAUAAACUGAACUUUAAUGUUUUGCCAAUCUGAUUAAAGUUCUCGAUCUUCCUAAAAGGUAGAUCUGAUGACAGCCCAUUCAAAUUCAUCUUCUGUAUAAUCGGAUUUCCAAUAUUGCUAUUUUUAUUCCCACAAAUCUUUUUUAAUUUAAACCAAUCAGACAACUGAUUCUUGCUUAAAGGCUGCCUAUAAAACUGUGAUAUGGUUACAAAACAAACUUCACUAAAUGACUACUACUGAAACAUAUCAUAUUCAUAUUAUGACCAUAGCAAAUAAAAAUUUAGCUUUUGUGAAUGCUCGAUGUCUGUCGUCGGUCUUCCAUAUAGUCCGUCGUCUGUCCGUCAACAAUUUCUUAAAAAAUCUUCUUCUUCAAAACCAAUUGGCAGAUUUACACCGAACUUCACAGGAAUGAUCCUUGGAUGGCCCCCUUUCAAAAUUGUUAAAAGAAUUGAAUUCCACACAGAACUGGUUGCCAUGGCAACAGAAAGGAAUUAUAGUAAAUGUAGCUUUAUUUCUCUUAGUGACUUUACAUACAAGUCAUUUUGUAAUUCCUUCAUUAGUUCUAUUAAGUCUUUCCUUAGUUGUCUUUCCUCAUGGUCUUGGCUACUUUCUUCUGGAAGAAUUUCAGCGUGAUUUCUAGAAUUAACUUCUGUUACACUCUCAGCUUCCCUGACUUCUCCAUCACAAUCAACAGUCGAACAUUAAAAGGUUAUUUUAGAAACCUUGGCUUGGUUGAAGUCCAACACACAGUCUCAGAUGCAAGGUACCUUAGCCUUCAGUUUUGGAGAUUAAUGAAAUAUUUUUUCUUAUAAUUUUGUUAAACUAGAGCUAUCCCUUAUGGGGUAAUUACCCCCUCCUCACUCAUUGUCACUGGGUAAAAGUACAGUUGACCAUAUCAGAACGACUCACACAGCAUCAAGGAUCAUCUGUUCCAUACACCAUUCUACCAAGUUUGAAGAUCUGUAGAAAUCCACUAGACAAAUCACAUGCUCUGGACCUUCAGGUUCUAGUGAUGAUUUUUAAUAAUGGUAGAGGACAGUGCCUAGUGGUUUCUGAGAUGUCAUUUAAAGCAGUUCUGGACAGACAAUGCUUUUGAUAUUGGGUAUUUGCAUUGCCUAGUGGUCCUCUACCAAGAUUAUUCAAAUUAUGCCCGAGGUGAAAAAAGGCCCCACCCAGGGGGUCCCAAGUUCUGCAUAGACAUAUAUAGGAAAAAACUUCAACGAUCUUGUCUGAAAGUUCAAGGGCUAUGCCUUUGGUAUGUAGCAUUGCCUAGUGAUUCUCUAACAAGAAUGUUCAAAUUAUGCCCCUUGGGUGAAAAGAGGCCCCACCCUGGGGAUCACUUGUUAUAUGAGUUAUAUAGAAAAAAUACUUAAAAAUUAUCUGAUCAUAUUUCCUAGACUGUUUAAUUAUACUUACCUGAUGACUCCAAGUAUGGAUCACUUGACUGUGACCUUGACCGGCUGACCUACUUUCUUGUUUUCUAAGAUACAGCCUUGAAAUUUGGAUGACGUACAGUUUUGCACACCAAUCUAAAAACUCUCAGUGACCAUGAAUGUGACCUACUGGCCUACUUUCUUAAUAUUUUAGCAUCAGUUUGACAUUUGAAACAUGUAGCUAAUAUUACUCAGGCGAGCGAUCCAGGGUCAUCAUGACCCUCUUGUUUUUCUGUAGAAUCAAACAGAAAUUAUAAGAUCUACAUUUCUGAUUCGGAAUGUUGGUGAUUGAUACCUCGGUAAAUCCAGUCUAUCACUAUAUGUGUUUAUUUCAAUGUGCUGAACUAGUCUAUACCUACUGUUAUAUUCUGAUAUGUGUUAGCAUGUUUAUUUAUAAAUAUAAUUGAAGUCAUGGUCUGAGUGGGAUUUAACCUGUGUAGUAAACUUCUACAAAGUCUUUAAUCAUGACAUUAUGUGUCUUAGCAUGUUUUACCGGUCAGUUUCAUUGCUGUGUUCUUAUUCUGUUGUGAAGUAAGGUGAUACACAAAGGUGGUCAAUCAAGUUAUAGCAACAUUUUACUAUAUUUUUUUGUAUAUUCUUUUACAGGCCUACUUAGUGAAAAACUGGUCUGAAUCAUAGAGCCAGAUCCUUACUAGAAAAAUAAGUUUGAAUGUAUUUUAUCAGAUUUUGUGAUUACUUCCCUUAUGGAGUGGAACUAUUUCCUUCUUUCGAAUUCCUCCCCAUGUAUUUAGUCUUUUGAAUUUCAGUACAAUUUCUGGUUUUGUAUUUCCAUUUCAUAGCUUGCAGGAUAUUGUGACAAAUCUGAACCGGUCGGCAAAUUUAAGGUUGCUUGUCACAUUUGAUAAACCAUAAGUUAGGGCAUAACAGUUAGAAUUUGAGUGAAUAUACAACUGUGAGAAGUUUAGAUAGAAUCUGCAUCAGGAAAAUGAGUGAAAAUAUCACAGUAGUGCUUUUCUCAUAGACUGAAAACCUGAUUGUGGUCCAAAUUUUUCCAACCAGUCUAGCAAAAAAGUCAAGCAGACAGUCUUUUAAUUGGCAGAAUUUUCUUAGUUUUUCCUGAAGUUUUGAAAUAGCUUUAUUAAGUAAAGUUAAUAAUUAUAGGUUAUUUUCAUCCAAACAAGCAGAACUACCUUAAAUGAUGAUAACUGUAGAAUGAAUUUAUUUUCGCUGUAUUGUUGUUGCGCAACUAAGAAGGUCAAAAGGGAGGUUAUAUUGAUUUUAGCAGUGUUUCGUAUUGGCUUGCGGCUACAUGUAUAAGGGUAAUUUUAAAUGCAGACCUUUAAAACAGAUAAAAUUAAUAUUUAAUUUUUCUUUGAUUCUUUAUGCAAAGUAUGUUCUCAUGUUUAGAAACGUCCUUUAUAAGUCUUCCUUGUUAAAGAACAAAUUUGCCUGUCAUAAAAAGCUUCAAAUGUAUCUUAUGACCAAAAUCUGAUUGGCCACCUUUAAAUCUUUUAGAUCAUGUAAGCAGAAAAUUCUCUUACAUGAAAUAAUUUAAAUUUUUAGGGGUGGGGGGGGGAUGAAAUUUCUUGGUUUUUAACCAAAAAAACUGUUUUGUGGGGAUAUGUAUACUUUUAUCUGAAUUCUGAAGAUAAUGUGAAUAGAAAGUUAUAUUUAUUUAUUGUGAUGGAAUUUUGUGGAUUGAUGCAAUUGUGAAAUUGCUGAAGUUAGAAAGAAUAUUGAUGAUUUCACAGUAAUCAUCGUUGAUUUCUCUGGAUACUGAAUGCCAUUUUUAUACUGGAUUGAACACUGUUUUUAUGCCCCUGGCAUCUACUGAUGCGGGAGGCAUAUAGUGAUCAUCCUGUCCGUUUGUCUGUUCAUCCGUCCGUCCGUCCGUAAGAGGUUAACCAAAUGGGACCGUUUCGUCUAGCAUCAAUACCCCUAACUAGAAUGACUUGAUACUAAUGUAGAUGUAACCUGUGACCAUUCCUUAUCUUCAGACAUCACCUGACCUCAGUUUGACCUUGACCUUGACCUCAUUUUGGACUUAGGUUGCUUUAUAUGGGCCAUCUCUUGGUUAACCAAAUGGGACCGUUUCGUCUAGCAUCAAUACCCCUUACUAGAAUGACUUGAUACUAAUGCAGAUGUAACUUGUGACCAUUCCUCAUCUUCAGACAUCACCUGACCUCAGUUUGACUGUGACCUCAUUUUGGACUUAGGUUGCUUUAUAUGGGCCAUCUCUUGGUUAACCAAAUGGGACCGUUUCGUGUAGCAUCAGUACCCCUUACUAGAAUGACUCGAUACUAAUGCAGAUGUAACCUGUGACCAUUCCUCAUCUUCAAACAUCACCUGACCUCAGUUUGACCUUGACCUCGUUUUGGACUUAGGUGCAAAAUCUAUCGACAAGGAUGCCAACGGGGGCAUCAAGCGUUUAUUGAACGCAGCUCCUUGUUUGCAGUUAAGUUUGCUUGAAGUUUACAUUGUAUCAUGUAAUGGCGAUUAUUUGACAUUUCAAGUGUUUUAUGCAUUUCUGACUAGAGAAUAACCUUUCCCUUUUCACUAUGUUUAUUAUAUGGCUGCAUGCUGAAAUGCCUUUGUAAUUAUGAAACAAUUUGUUCCUUUCUGCAGAGUUAGCUAAUUCAUACACUAAAGCUACAUUUUUUAAUGAGUGUAUGUCUAUUAGAGUCAGAUAAAAUGUUGAAAAGUUGCAUAAAACUUUUAUGAUUUGUCAAGCACCAUAUUAGCUGAGAGCUGAUUCAUUUCAUCUCUGAUACCUUUAUAGAGGAAGUGGAAUUUUGUUCACAGAUUUGAAACUAUACCUUGAUUGAUGUCAGUAUUAUACACGUAAUUAUAUUCUUGUGAUGUAAACAACCAUUUCUAAAACUAUCAUGGAGAGGACCACUUUUCACUGAAAGCAUCAUCUGUAAAGACCACUUCAGACUCCUUCAUGUGACUGGAGUUGAAAUAUGUCUUUUCAUUAAAAAAAGAAGUGUAUCAAAUUUAUUUAUUUUAUUAUUUUUUUUGUAAUUAUUAUUUUAUUUUUUUUUCAUUGGUGAUUUUAAGAAAAAGAGGCUAGUCUCUGAUUUAUUAGGAACACAUGUUGGUUUGUAGUGUGCACUGUAUGUCUGACAGCAUGUAGGUAUUUGACCUACAGUUUCUGCCUUUGCGACCAGUGCAGACCAAAAUCAGCCUGCACGUCCAUGCAGUCGGAUCAUGGUCUGCACUGUUCGCUAUCCAGUCUGUACAAUUUCAGUGGACUCCCCUUUGAAUUAUAAAUGGUACUGCCCAAAUUGAAUGAUGGACCAGUCUAUUUUAGAAAUUUAGCAGGGUAAGGCCUAAUGUACUGUUCUAUACAGUUGCAACAGUGAUGCUAGUUUUGAUAAUAAAACAAUAAAACAUGUAACUGGUUUCUUCAGAAUUAAAAAAAUUGUCUAGAAAGAGCUUUUUGUGAAUAUGUACGUAAGUUUGUUUUUACAGUAAAUUGAAUGUAUUUUCGUAAAUAAUUGAAAGAACAUUGAACUUCUUUAUCAUGGGAGUCUUUUCAGUGUAUUGGUAUUUUAUAUAAGACUAGGGGGAGUAAUGGGUGUUGUCAUUGUGGCUCUUGAACAGACCCAGUUAAACCAUGUCUACUAUUAUUUUUGGUGGUUGCUUCCUAUAUGUAAAUGCAAAGGUUACGAUAUUUUUGGAUUUCAAACUAUUGUCACAGUGAGAUUUUGGAGAGUGGUGUAUUUGCUGAAGAAAUUUCUGAUAAGCCGUUGUUGUGCUAAUGGAGGCAAUUUCUCAAGACCAUGUUGUGAUUCAUUCAAACUGGUAACUCUUAAAACUUUUCUAAAUUGAACUAAUUUCAUUUCAUUUAUGGUGGAUUUUUAGCUUGAAAAAUAAAAAGAACGACUGCAUGAUCAGUAAGCUAGUACUUAAAACAUGUAUUAUUGUUAUAUUUCUUUUAUAAGUAAUUAUUACAAUGUAUAUCAGUAAGGUUCUGUUUCAUGUUAAUUAUUUUCUAGGAGCUUCAGUUUCCAAGUGUUUUGUUUAAGCUAUUAAUCUAGACAUAAAAAGAAGAUACUGAUUAUACCAUUAACUGUGUUGUUUAUCACUGAUUACUGUAGAUUGGAUUGUAUCUGUGUUUGUUUCAUUUUUUGCUAAUAUUUGGGAGUAGAAUGGCUCACCAGAAUAUCACGAGUUCAGGUUAUUUGCCACUGUUAUGUCCUAAGACUUUUAAAGUGGAAUUUUGCGCAUUUUUCAAGUAAUAAAGUAAAAAAGCUGAAAUAGAUGUGUGAGUAAAAAGGGUGGAGGAAAUUAUAGCUUUUAAACCAAUAUACCAAAUUCUUUAGUAAAAAAUAAUAACUUUCCAAAUAUAACUUUUCUUAUUUUGACUGGGGCAGUCUUUUUGAGAAAAGUCAAACUGCACGCGGGAGUUGCUUCCCUUCAACUUCAGAAAUCUCUACCUAUAGGUAAGGGAGAUUACUGCAUAGAAGAUUGAAGGAAAGGACCAUUAUUUUAUCAGUCCGAUUUCUUUAUUUCUAAAGCAUAGAAGAUUGAAGAAAAGGACCAUUAUUUUAUCAGUCCGAUUUCUUUAUUUCUAAAGCAUCAACUUCAAAUACUUAUGCGGCAUUUUCGUUAAUUUAACACAUUUAAAUGCACAGCAACAGAAAAUUGCUUUUAUAAAACAUUCACCAAAAACACACCGUGUGCAGUAAGAUGCGCAUAAUGCCACUUUAAAGGAUAAUCAAUGGGAAUCACGAAUUCUGAAUAACAUGAAAACCACUAUAAAUGAGAUGCAAAAAAUAGCCAGUCUGCAGUAUUAAUUUGAUUAUUUACCUACAUGAAAGUGCUUAUUGUUACUGGUUAGAUAAUAUUAUGUAAUUUUUAAGCUGUUUAUACUUCCUUUAUUUUGUUAUGUGCUAUUGUAUGUUUGCCUGUAUCAAAUUAUGGUAUAUGAAUUUUAACUUAUUUCUUGGAUGUUAACACAAAUCUAUGAAAUUUUCACUUAUGUUGUUAUUUUGCAUUAAUUGUUACAUUUUUACCAUAUUUGAACUUUUAUAUUAGGUAUAUGUAUCCAGUCUUGUGCAAAAGAAUAUAUUCUUUUUCAUAAGUACAUGUACUUACACGGGAAUAAAUACAGAAAGAAUAAAUUCAUAAAUCCUUA